CUGCACUGUUGCUCCCCGUUACCUGUAGAUGAUUAAUAUAGUUGAUAAAGGGCUAUGUCAAAAGCUAAGCAGGUAGCGGCCGUUGACCUCAGCCCUGCUCCCAAUCCAGGAGCUCUGAUUUUCCAGAGUACUUGGCAGCGGCGUCGCGUAGCCACAGCCACAGACCGAUCAGUCAUCAUAGGUACGUUACACGGCAAGCGUAAGGCUAGAUCUGCAAGUCAUCACGCACCAGCCAGGUUCGGAUGCUACUUCUGCAGGAAGUGCCGAUCAGCAGAUCAGUCCUGCAUAAAUUAAGCUCCCCGUCAAUGGGUUCCGGCGGAAGCGAACCGCCGGUCCGAGCUAAUGUGCGAUGAUAUGUAUGUCCUAAGUUACAUCUGCGUAUCUUUACCGUAGGAUUUGUGGCUGUGCGGAUUACGUCAAUUUUCGGAUUAUCGUUUGAUCCAGGAUUGGAGGUUUGUGUAAUUUACAUUACUUAGACAGCAUACGCUAAGCCUUGUAGGUCGAGUGUCAAGUCGUCUGCCAAGAGCUGUUGAGGGCCUCUCCAGCCGGAUAAAUCCGGACUACAUUCCUGGAUUAUAGAUUAUCUUUUGAUUGCCCGCAAGGCUUUUAUAGAUAGUUGAAGACUAUUUUAGCUGCACCGAUAGGCAUGAAUGAUAGACGCAUACAUUGUUAUAUGG